AGGUGCCCAAGCGGAUAAGAAAUCACUCACUAAUAAGCUGCCGCAGCAGCUGCCCCCAGGCUCCAAGAGAAGCGAAGCGAAGCGAGGAGAGCAAUGGCGUCGCCGUCGUGCGCCUCCACGCUGCCUCUGACGUCCGCCUUCCCCUCCCGCUCUUCCUCUCGGCCGCUAGCGGGGCGCCUCCUCACGGCGUCUCGCCGGGCUCCGUCUCUGGUCAUCGUCGCCCAGGGAAAGGUCAAGAAGUACCGCCAGGUCAUACUGACAGACGACAUAGAAGAGGUGGGGAGGAAAGGGGAUACAUUGAAGGUGCGAGCUGGAUUCUACCGCAAUUUCCUCCUUCCCAAGGGCAAGGCUACGCUUCUAACCCCAGAAGUCCUCAAGGAAAUGCAACUAGAACAGGAAAGAAUAGAAGCUGAGAAGAAGCGGGUUAAAGAAGAGGCGCAACAACUUGCUCAAGUUUUUGAAACCAUUGGGGCUUUCAAGAUUCCACGCAAAGGUGGAAAAGGAAAACAAAUCUUUGGGAGCGUCACGGCACAAGAUAUUGUUGACAUAAUAAAGUCGCAACUUAACAGGGAUGUGGACAAGAGGCUUGUGACAGUUCCAGAAAUCCGUGAAAUCGGAGAGUAUGUUGCGGAGAUUAAGCUUCACCCGGACGUGACAGCUCGAGUAAGGCUGAACGUCUACGCGAAAUGAGGUGCAGUUACAGAAGCUUUUGAGUGGAUGGUGGGCUCUGGUGUAGCCUGAUUCCGCCGGUCUGUGAGCACAGAUGCAAUCGCCAUAGAUUUUGCUGAAACUGACAGGCGCUGUGGUAGACAAUGGAGGCCUGGGAUGGUUCUUUAUUCUUAUCCAUAAUCAAGUGCCCAUCCUACCUGUAAAGUCAAUUUUCUACAAUUUUCUGUGCGUUUUGUUUCGUGGGGUAAAAAAUAGAAAACGUUGUAAAGCACAAUUGGUUUGAAAGCUAGAGCACUACUUGCAGGGGCGGAUCCAAAGGGUAGUCCAGGCAGCCCCUGGAUUUGGUCCCUUUUUUGGAAUUUUAACUAGCAUGUUAUUUUGAACAUGGCCUUCAUAUAGAGAUUAAGAAAAUU